UACUUGUAUGUGUUGGCAGGUGGAAAGCAAGUCAGCCAAGAUGGAUAUCUACGACACUCAGACCUUGGGGGUUGUGGUCUUUGGCGGGUUUAUGGUUGUUUCUGCCAUCGGCAUCUUCCUGGUGUCAACCUUCUCCAUGAAGGAGACGUCGUAUGAAGAAGCCCUUGCCAACCAGCGCAAGGAGAUGGCAAAAACUCACCACCAGAAAGGAGAGAAGAAAAAGAAGGAGAAAACCGUGGAGAAGAAAGGAAAGACCAAGAAAAAGGAAGAGAAACCGAAUGGGAAGAUACCUGACCAUGACCUGGAUCCCAACGUGACCAUCAUCCUCAAGGAACCAGUGCGCAUACCUGCAAUGGCCGUGGCUCCAACUUCAGUCCAUUCCUCUACGAUCCAUACCCCUGUAGCCACAGUCCCAGCCAUGCCUCAGGAAAAGCUGGCUUCCUCCCCUAAGGACAGAAAGAAGAAGGAGAAAAAAGUAGCGAAGGUGGAGCCAGCAGUCAGUUCUAUUGUGAAUUCCAUCCAGGUCCUUGCUUCAAAGUCUGCCAUCUUGGAAGCCACACCCAAGGAGGUGCCUAUGGUGGCUGUGCCCCCAGUGGGCUCUAAGACCAGUGCUCCUGCUACCAGCAGUCAGGGCAAGAAGGGAGAAGGAGCCCAGAACCAGGCCAAGAAGGGAGAUGGGACCCAGAGCCAAGCUAAGAAGGGAGAUGGGGCCCAGAACCAAGCAAAGAAGGGGGAGGGGGCCCAGAACCAAACCAAGAAGGGGGAGGGGGCCCAGAACCAGGCCAAGAAGGGGGGAGAAGGGGCCCAAAAUCAGGGCAAAAAGGGGGAAACAAACCAAAACCAGGCUAAGAAAGGCGAGGGAGGCCAGAACCAAGCCAAGAAGGGGGAAGGGGCUCAGAACCAGACCAAGAAGGGGGAAGGAGCCCAGAACCAAGGCAAGAAGACAGAUGGAACUCCAAACCAAGGCAAGAAAGGAGAAGGGGCCCAAAACCAGGCCAAAAAGUUAGAAGGUUCUUCUAACCAAGGAAAUAAAGCAGAGGGGGCCCAGAACCAGGGCAAGAAAGGGGACGGGGCCCAGAACCAGGGUAAGAAGGGAGACGGAGCCCAGAACCAGGGCAAGAAAGGGGACGGGGCCCAGAACCAGGGUAAGAAGGGAGACGGGACCCAGAACCAGGGUAAGAAGGGAGACGGGACCCAGAACCAGGGUAAGAAAGGAGACGGGACCCAGAACCAGGGCAAGAAAGGGGACGGAGCCCAGAACCAGGGCAAGAAAGGGGACGGGUCUCCCAACCAGAGCACAAAAGCUGAGGGUAUACAAAACCAGGGCAAAAAAGCAGAAGGAACCCCAAACCAAGGCAAGAAGAUGGAGGGGGCCCAGAACCAGGGUAAAAAGGGGGAAGGGGCCCAGAAUCAGACCAAGAAGGGGGAAGGGGCCCAAAACCAGGGCAAGAAAGGGGAGGGGACCCAGAAUCAGGGCAAAAAGGGGGAUGGAAGUCCUAACCAAGGCAAGAAAGGGGAAGGGACUCCCAAUCAGAAUAGAAAGACAGAUGCAAUUGCUAAUCAAGGCACAAAGACAGAAGGUGUCUCAAGCCAGGGGAAAAAGACAGAGGGGUCCCCCAAUCAGGGCAAAAAGGCAGAAGGAGCCCCAAACCAAGGCAAAAAGGUAGAAGAGUCCCCCAACCAGGGCAAAAAGGUGGACACAGCUGCCAAUCAGGGUAAAAAGUCAGAAUCAGCUCCUGCCCAGGGUAAAAAUACAGGAAUGAUCCAGAGCCAGGAGGCACCAAAGCAAGAGGCGCCUGCAAAGAAGAAGUCUGGUUCAAAGAGAAAAGGCGAGCCUGGACCCUCAGACUGCGACAGCCCCCUCUUCCUGCCCUACAAGACACUGGUCUCCACAGUUGGAAGCAUGGUGUUCAGUGAAGGCGAGGCCCAGCGGCUUAUUGAGAUUCUGUCUGAGAAGACUGGAGUUACUCAGGACACUUGGCAUAAGGCCACUCAGAAGGGUGACCCUGUAGCAAUUCUGAAACGCCAGCUAGAAGAGAAAGAAAAGCUACUAGCUACAGAGCAAGAAGAUGCAGCUGUUGCCAAGAGCAAACUAAGGGAACUUAACAAGGAGAUGGCUUCAGAGAAGGCCAAAGCUGCAGCUGGGGAGGCCAAGGUGAAGAAGCAGUUGGUAGCCCGGGAGCAGGAGAUGGCAGCUGUGCAGGCACGGAUGCAGGCCAGCUACCGGGACCAUAUGAAGGAGGUGCAACAGCUGCAGGGCAAGAUCCGCACACUUCAGGAGCAGCUGGAGAAUGGCCCCAACACCCAGCUGGCCCGCCUACAGCAGGAGAACUCCAUCUUGAGGGAUGCCCUGAACCAGGCUACCAGCCAGGUGGAAAGCAAGCAGAACACAGAACUGGCAAAGCUCCGACAGGAGCUUAGCAAGGUCAGCAAGGAGCUAGUGGAAAAGUCGGAGGCCUCCCGGCAGGAGGAGCAACAGCGGAAAGCUCUGGAAGCCAAGGCAGCCACCUUUGAGAAGCAGCUCCUACAAUUGCAGGCAUCUCAUAAAGAGAGUGAAGAGGCUCUGCAGAAGCGCCUUGAGGAGGUCACCCAGGAGCUGUGCCGGGCACAGACGAGCCAUGCCAGCCUCCGGGCAGAUGCUGAAAAGGCCCAGGAGCAGCAGCAGCGGGUGGCAGAACUGCACAGCAAAUUACAGUCUUCUGAGGUAGAGGUAAAAAACAAGUGUGAGGAGCUGAGUAAUCUCCACGGGCAGCUCAAGGAGGCCAGGGCAGAGAACUCACAGCUCACAGAGAGGAUCCGUUCCAUCGAGACCCUUCUGGAAGCAGGCCAGGCCCAAAACACCCAGGCCAGCCAAGCUGAGGCGGACCAGCAGCAGACUCGUCUCAAGGAGCUGGAGUCACAGGUGUCGUGUCUGGAGAAGGAGACCAGUGAGCUCAAGGAGGCUAUGGAGCAGCAGAAAGGGAAGAACAAUGACCUCCGUGAAAAGAACUGGAAGGCCAUGGAGGCACUGGCCUUAGCUGAGCGGACCUGUGAAGAGAAGCUGCAUUCUCUGACCCAAGCCAAGGAGGAAUCAGAGAAGCAGCUCCGUUUGGCUGAGGCCCAGACCAAGGAGGUCCUGCUGGCCUUGCUCCCAGACCUCUCCAUUUCAGCACACCAGAACUAUGCUGAAUGGCUGCGAGAAGUCAAAGAGAAGGGCUCGGAGCUGCUGAAGAAACCACCUGCUGCCCUGGAGCCCUCCUUGGACAUAGUCUCUAAGUUGAAGGAGGCCGAAGAGACCCAGAACUCCUUGCAGGCUGAGUGUGACCAGUACCGCACCAUCCUGGCGGAGACGGAGGGGAUGCUCAAAGACCUGCAGAAGAGUGUGGAGGAGGAAGAGCGUGUGUGGAAGGCCAAGGUGGGGGCUGCUGAGGAGGAGCUCCAGAAGUCACGAGUCACAGUGAAACAGCUGGAAGACAUUGUAGAGAAGCUAAAAGGAGAACUGGAAAGCUCAGAUCAGGUGAGGGAACACACUUCAUUUCUGGAAGCGGAGCUGGAGAAGCACAUGGCAGCUGCCAGUGCAGAGUGCCAGAAUUAUGCCAAGGAGGUGGCAGGGUUGAGGCAGCUUCUGUUAGACUCUCAGUCUCAGCUGGAUCAAGCCAAGAGUGAAGCCCAGAAGCAGAGCACUGAGCUUGCCCUGGUCAGGCAGCAGUUGAGUGACAUGAAGAGCCACGUAGAGGAUGGUGACGUGGCUGGGUCUCCAGCUGUCCCUCCAGCCGAGCAGGACCCUGUGAAGCUGAAAACACAGCUGGAGCGGACAGAGGCCAUCCUGGAGGAUGAGCAGACACGGCGGCAGAAGCUCACAGCUGAGUUUGAAGAGGCUCAGAGCACAGCCUGUCGGUUACAAGAAGAGCUGGAGAAGCUCCGCGCUGCUGGUCCCCUGGAGUCUGCGGGAACAGAAGAGGUCAUACAGCUGAAGGAGAGACUAGAAAAAGAGAAGAGGCUAACAAGUGACCUAGGGCGUGCCGCCACCAAACUUCAAGAGCUUUUGAAGACGACUCAGGAGCAGCUGACAAAAGAGAAGGACACAGUGCAGAAGUUGCAAGAACAGCUGGAAAAAGCAGGUCCCACCAGUCCCUGCGCAUGCAUCCCCCAGCCCCUGGAGUCAGCUCUGGACCUCUAGACUGACAGCUUUGCUUUCUCUGAAGUGCCUGGAGGAGGAUGGUCGCGGCUCAAAGGAGGGAACCUCUGUCUGACCUCCUCGGCAAACUGUUCAACUUACCAAAAUGCCUUACACAUUCCUUACAAAUAACCAACCAACACAGCGUUCGUUAUCCAGGCCCAACUUCCAGUGAAGCCAUUGGAGACAAGUCUCAGAACCACAGAAAUAAAUCUUCCAGACCCCCAGUCUGUAAAAGAACCUUGGUCACAUUUGAUAAACACUAUUCCCGGGAGCAGCCCUGGACCACCUCAAGCCGACGCCAAAGCCCUCAUCAACGCUGACAGACUAGGGUGUGCUGGGAGGCCAGGCCGCUCGGGAUUUAUGUCAAUCAGUGCAAUUGUCUGUAUUUCUCAGUGGGGCCGGGUCGGGAAGCAACAGGCCAGGUGGUGAGUUCUCGGAGGCUUGCUGAGCAGACUGGAGGGUCUCAGCCCAGCCCAGCCAAGCUGCAGCCCCUCACCCCUGGAAGUUGCCAAGCAGAACUGACAUGUGACUGCCUGGAUGUCAAUGCCAUUAAAACCAACGUGUUGCCCGGCA